CUGCUAUCAGUACCGUGGCAGGCACAGUCCAGACUUUAGUCAAGGGCAUGGGAGGAGGGCACGCUAGAGACAGGUGUGCGAGCGAGGACUGCCCUGAACGUGCUGGCUUCUCACACCUGAGACAUUCGUUCUGUUAGGUGUUCAAAUCAUGGAAUUACGCCCAUGCCCGUGCAGUUCUGCCAGGAGGAAGCUCGCGGCAGGGGCUGGGCCAAGCAACAGCUGGCACGAUAUGGAGCGUCGGAGUAAGAUGGAGUUUUUCCAGAAACUGGGCUACAGCCAGGAGGACGUGCUCAGGGUGCUGGGCAAACUGGGUGACAGUGCCUUGGUCAAUGACGUGCUGCAAGAGUUGAUCCAGACGGGCAGCCGCCCAAGGGCCCAGGAGGAUCCAGCCAAUGGCGCCGGGGUGGUGCUAAUGCCCCGGGGAUGCGGGGUUCAAGACUCUGCCCAGCAGGGGCUGGGACCCGGCCUAGAAGAGGCUGGUGGAGAUCCAGCCAGCUUCCUGCGGCCCAUAGUGAUCGAUGGUAGCAAUGUGGCUAUGAGUCAUGGGAAUAAAGAAGUCUUCUCUUGCCGGGGAAUUCGUCUGGCCGUGGACUGGUUCAGAGACAGAGGACACACCUACAUCAAGGUUUUUGUCCCAUCUUGGAGGAAAGAGCCAUCAAGGUCUGACACCCCUAUCAGAGAGCAGCACGUGCUGGAGGAGCUGGAGAAGCAAGCUGUGCUGGUGUACACCCCAUCCCGCAAGGUAAACGGCAAGCGAGUGGUCUGCUACGAUGACCGCUACAUCGUGAAGGUGGCCUAUGAGAAGGACGGCGUCAUUGUGUCCAAUGACAACUACCGGGACCUGCAGAACGAAAACCCCGAGUGGAAAUGGUUCAUUGAGCAGCGACUACUCAUGUUCUCCUUCGUAAAUGACAGGUUCAUGCCUCCUGAUGACCCCCUGGGCCGCCGAGGACCAACACUAAGCAAUUUCCUAAGCAAGAAGCCAAGGCCCCCAGAGCCAUCCUGGCAACACUGUCCCUAUGGCAAGAAAUGCACCUACGGGGUCAAGUGCAGAUUCUACCACCCCGAGAGACCGCAUCACGGGCAGAUGUCGGUGGCCGACGAACUCCGUGCCAAGACGCGGGCCUGGCCGGGUGGUGGUGCCGAGGAGCCGCGGCCACCGAGCGCCCGGAGCCGUCCCGCCGCAGCCCGGCUGCUUCCCCGGGACCCCGGCGCGCACAACCUCCCGCCAACCCCGCAACCCGCGGCCCUGGCAGCUCUGAACAGGAGCUUUGCUCGGCUGACCUUCAGCGACACCGGGGCCAGCGGUGUCGCGUCCCGGUCGCGUGGGCCGGACUGGAUGCCCACGGGUGGCUCCAUGUCCUGGGCCUCACCAUCCCUUCGCGCAGGCAGCACUGCCACCACAGGGUCGCCAGGUCUGCGGAGCCUCCGAACUCCCAACAGUCCGCUCUCUCCGGGCGAUCUCGGGUCCCCAAUCUGUCCACAGGCCCAGCUGCCGGACAGACACCGUUCCAGGGACAUGCACAGUGACCUGCCUCCCCAGAGCGGACCGCCGGAAGACCUGGAAGACCCGUUGGUUCUCCUGCCCAGCGCCUAUGGCUAUUUGAGCCACUCGGCCUGGGUCGAGUCAGCUCGGGACGAGGACAACUUUGGAGGACAUUCGGGGUUAGCACAACCCGUCAAUGGUGGGGGAACCCACGCUACACUCUGCAGUUUCUUCCCAUCUGACCAAGAGAACCCUGUGAAGGCAUCUGAUCCUCUGCUCUCAGACAUGGCUCUGCGUACCCUCCGGCAGAGAUCCCAAAAGACUAGUGCUCGUUGGGGGGAUCUUAGGGGACAGGUUCAUAGCACUGCAAGGGGUGUGGCCCAGGCUUGAUUCGCAGCUUGGGCGGGUGGGAUACAAGAUGCUUGUUAAUGUGGAUGUGUUAUUGCGACUGGACUGUUUUCUUCAAAGGUAGUGGGUAGGAGACUUCUUUCUCAUCCUCAGUGGUAAUCUUGGGGAUGCUCCUUGAAGCCAGGGCCUACUGUACUGACAGGGUGAUUUCUGCUGUGUAUGGAAGGCAUCGUCCAGAAAACAGCUGUUUCUGGUUCCUAAGCAUCCACAAAUGUUUCAGCUGGUCAUCACCACUCAUCAAGGUGAUCAAGCUGAAUUUGAGAUAAAUUCUUGGUGUGUGUGUGUGUGUGUGUGUGUGUGUGUGUGUGUGUAGAAGUCUAGAAAGCCAUGUGAACUUAACAUGUCAUUGCAGUUGAUAGUUUGAAAUGGUCCAUGAUGUUUAACAUAUGUGUUCAGGUGACGGGAAGGAAGGUAUUGCUGUCUGAGUUUUCAAGUCACUAUUGAUGAUUUCACUCAGGGAUACCUUGAGUUGUGUAAAUUUUACUGUGGGGCUGUCCCAGGGGCAACUGGUCCUAAGGGUCUUCUCACUGGGGCUUUAUUCUCUUUGUACAUACAUACCAUAUUACCCAAACAUCACACACACACACACACACACACACACACACACACACACACACACAGGGCCUUGCUCAAGACUCAGCCUGGCUUUUUUUUUUUUUU